GUUCGAAGCAAAUGUCAUGUCUAGCGAAAUUAGAAUCAAAACAAAAUACCGCAAACAACGAACGAAAUUAUUUUGGUAUUUUUUAAGAUUCUUCGUAAGAUGCACGCUUCAUUAUGGGCGCAGACUACUUGAACAGUACUCAGAACCUGGUCCACCCGGACUGGGAGGUGGUCGACCCGACGCCCAACAUUCACGUUCUGUUUCCCAUCUUCGAUCGGAAGUUCUUUCAAGGUAAGCUGUUGUGCGUAGAGCUCGAGUGGAGCAAAAGGAUGUACAGCUGUGCGGGAAUUUGCUACCAGAGGAGCAACCGGUUAGGACGGAGCUGCAUCAUUCGGUUGAGUGAACCGUUGUUGAAAUUGCGCCCAAGAAAAGACCUUGUGGAAACGCUGCUCCACGAGAUGAUUCAUGCUUACUGCUUUGUGCUGGGAAUUCGCGAGGGCAACGGAGGGCAUGGGCCGAAUUUCAAGAAGAUUAUGCACGGAAUUAAUCGAAUUGCGGGGACAAAUAUAACGGUGUAUCACACAUUCCACGACGAAGUCAAUCUGUAUAAGACGCACUGGUGGAAGUGUAAUGGACCAUGCCAAAAUCGAGCCCCCUUUUUCGGAACUGUUAAGCGAACGGCCAAUCGGAAACCAGGCCCUUCCGACUUCUGGUUUGCAGAGCAUCAGCUUACAUGUGGAGGCCAGUUUCUGAAAGUCAAGGAACCCGAACCUAAACGGAAGAAAGCCAAUAAAGAAAAUGAGCCGCGAGCGAUUAGUCAAGACACGUACACGGGCAAAAAACCUUCGAAAAGCCCGACGAAAGCAUCACAAGGCAACAAAAUUCAAAAUUAUUUCGUUAAUGGUGGAGGAAAUAAAUCGAAUCCUCAGAAUGGCGCUAAAAAGCCAUACACGGGAACAGUCUCAAAUGUAGGAGGUAGAACGGUAGUCAUCCGUAAGCCACCUUCUACUAAUACCAAGAAUCCAUCAUUAGAGCCUGUAGAGGCUCAGGUCCCAAUGAAAAAACCUAGCCCGGUUGUACCACCCGGUAGUAAUCUGAAGAAUGUCAAGCAGUUCAAAGAUUUCAACGGAAAUGGAUCACCCACUCCAGUGAAGAAAUAUUCUCCGCCUCUAUUCGCUGGAGGCGGUCAAACAUUGGGGGGACCACCAAGUGGACCCAGUAGAGCUGGACAACCAGGAAGCAGUCGGAAUAGCCGCUUGUUGGAUCAGUUUCCACCGCAAGAAAAGAAACCCAAAAUUACUCCAGUGCCUGAACCAGCCAUGGUAGAUCUUUCUGAUGACGCCGAUGAUUACAUCUUUGAGGAGAUCGACUUAGAGCGGAUCAAAAAGGAACGCCAAGAUUCCAUAAAAAAAGAAAUCAUGGAAUCGUUUGCGGACGAUGAUAUGGAGGAAAUUGUUCUCAUCGAUGACGAAUACGAUGACGAUGCGGUCGAUUUGGGUAGCUUGGAAGAUUCCCUUACCGAUACAUCGGUCAUUGACGAGCUUUUCAGUGACCAUGAUGCUCUCAUCGAGGAGUUCAAUUCAAAUAAUUCAGCAAGUAAACAUACCAGCGAAGAAAAUGAAAUUGUAUCAUGUCCAAUGUGUCUGAAAAAGAUCAAACGAUCGGAAGUAUCCACCCAUCUGGAACGAUGCUACUCGAUCAUACUCGGUGAAGAAGAUGUUCAGGAAAUCAAGCAAAAGCCGCCGUUUGAUCCCAAUCAACCGUCCACGUCGACGGCCGGCUUGAACAAGCCAAAGCCGGUGGACAAAAAGAAGACUUCUGAUUCUGCAACUGCAUCCAGUAAACCAGAAAUUGACCGGGAAGAGAACCGAAAAUUGCUUCUCGAGUGCGGUUACAGCGAGGACGACAUUGCCACGGCACUGGCUACAAUAGAGCAGGAGGAUGAUGGCGGCGCGGUGACAGCGAGAGUGAGUGAUUCCGAUGAUUCAGUUCGCAUGUUGGAGGAUGGAAACGAGAUUGAUUUGACUGCCGUUGGGGAGGAAUGCGAGUGUCCGGUGUGUGGAAGGAAAGUUCAGUUUGAGCGGAUUAACCAACAUUUGGAUGGCUGUUUGGGAUAAUGAAGGUUUGCUGUAGCGUUAGUUGGUUUAUGUUUGUCUUUUUGAUUAACUUUUAUUCGUCAUACGACUAUAAAUUAAUGUUAUUUCUAUAUAAUAUAAAUGCAAUUGUUUAAUUGAAAUAGUUGUGAAAAAAUU